AUGACAAAAAUAUAUUGGAACAUCAAUUUGGAAGAGAUGAUGGAGGCCGGAGUUCAUUUUGGUCAUGGUACUCGGAAAUGGAAUCCUAAAAUGGCCCCUUAUAUCUCGGCAAAGCGUAAAGGUAUUCAUAUUACAAAUCUUACUGGAACUGCUCGUUUUUUAUCAGAAGCUUGUGAUUUGGUUUUUGAUGCAGCAAGUAGGGGAAAACAAUUCUUAAUUGUUGGUACCAAAAAUAAAGCAGCUGAUUCAGUAGCGCGGGCUUCAAUAAGGGCCCGGUGUCAUUAUGUUAAUAAAAAAUGGCUUGGCGGUAUGUUAACGAAUUGGUCCACUACAGAAACGAGACUUCAUAAGUUCAGGGACUUGAGAAUGGAACAAAAAAUGGGGGGACUCAAUCGUCUUCCAAAAAGAGAUGCUACUAUAUUGAAAAGACAAUUAGCUCGCUUGCAAACAUAUCUGGGCGGUAUGAAAUAUAUGACAGGGUUACCCGAUAUUGCAAUCAUUGUUGAUCAGCACAAAGAAUAUACGGCCUUGCAAGAAUGUAUUACUUUAGGAAUUCCAACAAUUUGUUUAAUUGAUACAAAUUGUGACCCCAAUCUCUCAGAUAUUUCAAUUCCAGCGAAUGAUGACGCUAUAUCUUCAAUCCGAUUCAUUCUUAACAAAUUAGUAUUCGCAAUUUGUGAGGGUCGUUCUAGCUAUAUAAUAAAUCCUUGA